GCGUCCGCUGACGGCGUCUUUUUUCCCGUAAAUUUUCGAGUGUCAAGAAGUCGCGUUCGAGGCGCAAUUUCCGCAGAAAUCCACAACACUUCGGUUCCGAGUCGUAACAAUCAUUCCCAUCGCCGCAGAAAGAACACCAGUGCUUAGAGCAUUUCGCAAGCGCAGUUAGCACCCAACAGAAAAAUCGAUUAAACAGAAAUGGCUGGCGGUAAAGCAGGCAAGGAUUCAGGAAAGGCCAAGGCGAAGGCGGUUUCAAGAUCGGCGCGCGCGGGUCUCCAGUUCCCCGUGGGUCGUAUCCAUCGUCAUCUUAAGAGCCGCACCACAUCCCACGGACGCGUCGGAGCCACCGCCGCUGUUUACUCCGCUGCCAUAUUGGAAUACUUGACCGCCGAGGUUCUGGAAUUGGCAGGAAACGCCUCGAAGGAUCUGAAGGUGAAACGUAUCACGCCGCGCCACUUACAGCUCGCCAUUCGUGGAGACGAGGAGCUGGACAGCCUGAUCAAGGCAACCAUUGCCGGCGGCGGUGUGAUCCCGCACAUACACAAGUCGCUGAUCGGAAAGAAGGAGGAUACGGUGCAGGACCCGCAGAGGAAGGGCAACGUCAUCCUGUCGCAGGCCUACUAAGCCAGCGAUCAUUCGGACGCCUUCGAAAUACGCAAAACUUAUGUUUAAUUCAGAUUUCAGCAGAGACCAGCUAACAAACCGACGAGUUUUAAUCAUUUCUGUGCGCCAGCACAUACUUCUUAUAUACAACGUAAUACAUAACUAUGUAAUUCUAGCAUCUCCCAACACUCACAAGCAUACAACAUACAAAACAAAAAACAAACACAAAACGUAUUUUCCCGCACGCAUUCUUGGCGAGGUUGAGUAUGAAACAAAAAGAACUUAAUUUAGAGCAAGUAAUUACACGAAUAAAUUUAAUAAAAAUUAUAAUAAAAACGCCAA